AUGUCUAUUGGGAUUGUUUAUGGUGAUGAGUACAGACGAAUAUGUUGCAGUUCACCUAAAUUUGGCGAUCGCUAUGCAUUGGUUAUGGAUCUGAUCAAUGCAUAUAAACUUGUUCCUGAACUUUCUCGUGUACCUCCUUUGAAACUGGAUUCACUUGAUCAUAUUUAUAAAACACUGACCACUUUUCAUUCUGCAGAAUAUGUUGAUGCCCUCAGAAGAUUGCAAACGUUACACGCUGAGGAAAGGGAGUUAAGUCCUGACGAUGAAUUACUCAUGGAUUCGUUUGGAUUGAAUUAUGAUUGUCCUGGCUUUAACAGUGUUUUUGAUUAUGCUGUAGCUGCAGUCAGUGGUAGCUUAGCUGCAGCUGACGCUUUAUUUCAUCGAUGCUGUCAGGUAGUUAUCAAUUGGGGCGGUGGUUGGCAUCAUGCUAAAAGAAGUGAAGCCUCUGGUUUUUGCUAUAUGAAUGAUAUUGUUCUGGCUAUUCAUCGAUUGUUAUCAUCCAGUCCUCAAGAAAUCCCAGCCAAUAUUUCCAGUGUUCAAACACGUGUAUUAUAUCUCGACCUUGAUCUUCAUCAUGGUGAUGGAGUGGAAGAAGCUUUCUGGUAUAGUCCUCGUGUAGUUACAUUUUCUGUACAUCAUGCAUCGCCUGGUUUUUUUCCUGGCACUGGAGAUUGGAAUGCGAUAGAUGACAGUGAUUAUUUAGCCUUUCCAAAUGGUGCUGGUCGUGGUCGAUUCUCAGCAUUCAAUCUACCUCUAGAUGAGAAGAUAAAUGAUUCCCAGUGGUCACAAGCAGUAGGACCUGUGCUUGACUCAUUGAAUAUGGUUAUCCAACCAAGUUAUAUUGUAGUUCAAUGUGGUGCUGAUUGUCUGGCCACUGAUCCACAUCGAAUAUUCAAUCUGACCAAUUUUUAUCCCACAUCUGAUACAGACUCAGAUUGUAAAUCUGAAGAUAGUUUAAGCGGUUAUUUAUAUGCUAUGAAGAAAAUAUUAUCCUGGAAAAUCCCAACACUGAUUCUUGGUGGUGGCGGAUAUAAUUUUUCUGAUACAGCAAGACUAUGGACAAGAAUAACAGCGCUGGCAAUCGAAGAAGUUAAAGCGAAAAAGAUUACACUUUCUCCUGAAAUCCCAGAACAUUCCUACUUUUCUCGUUAUGGUCCAGAUUUUGAAUUGGAUAUUGACUAUUUUUCACAUCAAAGUUAUAAUAAACCAGAUGAUAAUAUAAAACAACAUCAUCAUCGUUUACUGGAACAACUGUGUAACUAUGCUGAUUUAAAUAAAAUUACUUAUGAUUAUGAUAAGCUGUACAAGUUAUACAAUUCACUUGAUCUAUGA